GGUAAGCCAUAUGUCUUUGACAGAGUCCUUCCUCCAAACACCGAACAGGUUCAGGUGUACGACACUUGUGCCAAGCGGAUCGUCAAAGAUGUUUUAGGAGGCUACAACGGCACCAUCUUUGCUUACGGUCAGACAUCAUCUGGAAAGACUCACACCAUGGAGGGAAAUCUUCAUGACACUCAUCUGAUGGGCAUCAUUCCACGAAUCGCCAGAGACAUCUUUGACCACAUCUACUCUAUGGAUGAAAACCUGGAGUUCCACAUUAAGGUUUCUUAUUUUGAAAUCUAUCUGGAUAAAAUCCGAGACUUGUUGGACGUCUCAAAGACUAACCUAGCUGUCCAUGAGGACAAAAACAGGGUUCCCUAUGUCAAGGGUUGUACGGAACGCUUUGUGUCGAGUCCUGAUGAGGUGAUGGACAUUAUUGAUGAAGGAAAGGCAAACAGACAUGUCGCCGUCACCAACAUGAACGAGCACAGCUCUCGCAGUCACAGCAUCUUUCUGAUCAACAUCAAGCAGGAGAACAUGGAGACGGAGAUGAAACUGUCGGGGAAACUUUAUCUGGUUGACCUGGCAGGCAGUGAGAAGGUGAGUAAAACUGGAGCAGAAGGUUCUGUUUUGGAUGAAGCAAAGAACAUCAACAAAUCUCUUUCUGCUCUGGGGAAUGUCAUCUCUGCUUUGAGUGAAGGAACGAAAACCCAUGUCCCUUACCGAGACAGUAAGAUGACCAGAAUUCUGCAGGACUCUUUGGGAGGAAACUGUCGAACCACCAUCAUCAUCUGCUGCUCGCCAUCUGUUUACAACGAGGCUGAAACCAAGUCUACUCUUAUGUUUGGACAGAG